UACGAAGAAGGGUGUAAUGGGAAAACAACAAAUAUUAUCGAUAAGAAUGGAAAAUCAGGAGCAUCCGAGAUGAUUCGUUUACGGCGCGCGAUUUGUGAACAGCUGCCACAGCUGAAGGAGGCGUGCCAUGCGCUAGAGGUGCCGGCCAAGAAGCACCAACUCCAAAACGCCCGGCGACCUACUCUGGAAUGGGUUCUCCCAUCUGCGGUUGCGCAACAGGAGCGGGAGUUGCUGAAAGCCGUGCAGGACCACACAUUUGAUGGCGCCUACGUAGAAAGAGUCAAUGUGGUAUCCAGCUCCGGACGAAGUGCAGCCAAAGUGGAAUUCCAGCUGCAACCACAGGCCUUUGUGGAACAACUGCUCCUGGCAAAACAGAAUCCAACAGACAUUUCCACUUCACCCACGGAGCACAUUGUGGUGGAGUUCAGUUCACCAAACAUUGCCAAACCGUUCCAUGUAGGCCACCUGCGUUCCACCAUCAUUGGCAAUGUCCUUGCGAAUCUCCACCAGUACUUGGGCUAUCGCACCACGCGCUUGAAUUACCUAGGAGAUUGGGGCACACAGUUCGGCCUGCUAGCCUUGGGCGUCCAGCUAAACAAUGUAACCGAUCAGCAGAUGCAGGAAUCCCCCAUAGAAACGCUCUAUGCCUCCUAUGUGGCCGCCAACAAAGCGGCAGAGGAGAGUCCGGAAAUCGCCCAACGAGCUCGGGAACUCUUUGCGUCUCUGGAGGCGGGAACAGAUGCGAACAUGGCCGAACAGUGGCAAAAGUACAGGAAAUACACUAUUGAAGAUCUGGCCAAAGUUUACCAGCGAUUAGGCGUGCAGUUCGACAGCUACGAGUGGGAGUCCCAGUACUCCCAAAAAGAAAUCCAGCAGGUUCUGGACAGGCUGCGAAAAGCAGGUCUUCUGCUACGAGAGCAGGAUGGCCGCGAGGUGGUCGAAGUGGAUGGCAGACGCAUCCCAGUGAUCAAGAGCGAUGGUUCCACUCUGUAUCUAGCCAGAGAUAUUGCUGCUCUCCUAGAGAGGCUCUCUAGACUACAGUUCACCCGUCAUCUUUAUGUGGUGGACAAUGGCCAAGCGGAUCACUUUAAUGCGCUUUUUAAAACUGCAUCGGCUUUGGACGAACGACUGAAUCUUGGGCAGCUUCAGCAUGUGAAAUUCGGACGCAUACAUGGGAUGAGCACCAGGCAAGGCAAGGCCAUCUUCCUGAAGGAUGUGCUAGAUGAAGCGCGCAAUAUAAUGCGGGAGAAGCGAAACCUUAGUGCAACCACCAGAGAAAACCAGUCCCUUGACGAUGAGCUUGUGUGUGAUAUCCUGGGCGUUUCGGCUGUUCUGGUAAAUGUCUUGAAGCAGCGCCGGCAGAGGGAUCACGAAUUCAGUUGGCAACAGGCUCUUCAGGUAAACGGAGAUACGGGAAUCAAGCUCCAAUACACACACUGCCGCCUGCACAGUUUGUUGGAUAACUUCAAGGAGGUACAACUGGAGGACAUCAAGCCCGACUGGCAGCAUUUUGCUGAAGAGCCAACGGAUGCCUUGGAUCUGCUGUACGAACUGGCACGCGUGGAUCAGAGCCUGUGGCAGUCAAAGCAGCAACUCGAAGCUUGUAUACUGGUCAACUAUUUGUUUGGAUUGUGCAACGCUACUAGCAAAGCGCUAAAACGAUUACCUGUGAAACUGGAGAGCUGCCGGCACAAGCGUUCCCAGCGCCUGCUGCUCUUUCACGCCGCCAAACGGACGCUGCAGCAGGGUAUGCAGCUCCUAGGACUCCGACCACUCGACCAGAUGUAACCAAAGAUGCCUCCACACAAAACCGUUAACAU